CGGAGUGCGGAUUCUGAGAACUCGAGGACCUCAGCAUAGCAGAUUCUCUUGCGGUUGAUCUCGGAUGGAGCAGUACUCAGAGCUCACACAGUCCGCAUGCCCGCUUGACCAAUGAAGAAUCUGGCCCCGAGAUAUGCGUCAUCAUGCCUUCCCCGCCCAUCAAGCUUGUCUGGAUUUCAUACCAGAGAAACGCUACUGACGUACCUCGUGGACUCAGACCUGAGGCCUCUGAUGAUGAUGAUGAUGGCGAUGAGACACAGACUGCAGCACUGCGGGCGGGCGUAUUCAAGAUUAUUUGCUCACAUCAUACUGCAAAACUCGGUCGAAUCAGAUCCAUAAUUGACAAACUUUGCCCACGCCAACAAAUCAAACGGGUACCUGAGAUCAUGUGUUCAAGUAUCACAACUAAAUGCAAGAUUUGAGUCCUCUGUUCCACACCGCAAACAAAACUUCAAGAAGAAUCCCUGCAAGCAAAGGUGGGCUAGUGAUCCAUCUCCCUGAGCCCUUGAGGGGGAGACGGGCUGGGGAACAAUGUUCCAGAAGUUCAAUAUCUUUCGGGGCAAGGUUGUGGAAACCCCUCGGUAAACUAUGAUAACCAUCCCAGUCCUUGAUCAGGUCAGAUCAGGUGAGGUGAUCAAGCAGGCGAAUUUAGUAGCACGAGGUCCGUGUUAGUAGAUCUAGAAAUUGUUCACGCAUUGUAGCCAGUUCGAGAGUAGUGUGUCAGACCAGAGCGCAAAAAAUAAUGCAAUGACCUUCAAGUUGCGGAAAAUUCUUGAAUCUCAGAACCGAUUCCAGGAUACCCACAUUUUAAUUGCCGGAGCCCAUCGUAGGCUGUCGU